CAAGCACCAAAGUCCAGAGCAUUCCUUUCAGAGCCAUUUAUUACCUUUUUUUCUGAGCUGUAUCAACAAAUAUACAACAAAUUGUUCCUUUCAGAAGGAAAAAAAUAUUGAUAAAACCAAACGAGCCUUAUCAACCCCCACCCCCAGGAACUAAGAAUCUCAUAGAAUUUGGGGAUGGGUGAUGAAGAAGGUGAAGCAGUGUAUGAUGUUGAGAACACAGUGUUUGUAGCUGUGGGGAAGAAUGUGAAGGAGGGGAAGUCAACACUUUAUUGGGCAGUGAAGAGCUUUUCGAGGAAGAGAAUUUGCCUUCUUCAUGUUCAUCAGCCUACUCAAUUGCUCUCUGCCAUGGAUGGAAAGCUGUCCAACACCAAGCUGAAACAAGCAGCAGUGAAGGCAUGCCAGGAACUUGAACGCCAAAAGAUGCACAAACUUGUAAAUCAAUACCUUGUCUUUCUAGACCAAGCAGGGAUACAGGGAGAUAAGAUGUGGCUUGAAAUGAAUGAUGUUGAGAAAGGGAUUGUGCAAGUCAUUCGUGAACAGAAUAUCCGAUGGCUUGUCAUGGGAGCAGCAGCAGAGAAGUACUACUCAAAGAAAUUGUCGGGGCUAAAGUCCAAUAAGGCUAUAUUUGUAUGCCAACACGCACCAGUCUCCUGUCAUAUUUGGUUUAUUUGCAGUGGGUGUUUAAUAUAUACAAGACACAGGGAUUUAAAUGUUGGUUCUGUUCUACCUAGCCCUAGUGAGUUAUCUUCUCCAAGGAGAAAUGGAGAUACGGUCACGCUGGAUGAGCUUGCAAAAGACUCAGAUGAUGAAAAUGCUGACAAUUGCCAAGAAACUUCUACAUCUGUGAAAGUAAUGAACGAGUUAAAGUCAACUACAUCCAUGAGUGUUGAGACUAAGGAAAAGAAUUCACCUUCAGAUUUGGGAAACCAAUGCCAAGCACAUAUGUUACAGUCAUGGUCUCCUCCUCAGCUAGAAGAGAAAUCUAACAGGGAAACUACUGAUGAUCGGAGUAAACUUGAGCAUGCUAUAACAGAUGCUGAGAAUGCCAAACAGAGAGCUUUUGAAGAAUCAUUGAGACGAUGGAGAGCUGAAGAAGAGACCAUGGAGGCUAUCCGUGAGGCUGAAGCCUCAGAAAAAGUAUGCGCAGAAGAGGUAAAGCGAAGAAAAGAAAUUGAGGAAAUGCUAGCUCUGCAAACUCAAGAACUAGAAAAGCUCAAAGUUCAGCAUAAUCAGUUAUCAGAAGAGCUUCAAAUGAUCAAAGAGCAGGAGCCAGCACUUCAAGAUCAAAUAGAACAGUCCUCCUGUGCCGAGAAGGAAUUAGAGGAGAAGAUCAUUCAAGCAGUGGAACUCUUGAUAUCCUUUAAGGCAAGACGAGAUGCAUUGAAGAUGGAGCGUGACACUGCAAUUAGAGAACUUAACAUAUUAAAGAAAUUGGUGAAGGAGGACAAUGUUGACUUUUUGGGCUCAAGGUUUUUUGAGUUCUCUUUUUCAGAUAUCACAGAGGCUACUAAGAACUUUGAUCCAUCGUUAAAGAUUGGAGAAGGAAAUUUUGGAAGCGUUUACAAGGGGAUUCUUCGCCAUCUGAAGGUAGCCAUAAAGAUGUUGCCCUCUAAUGGUUCUAUAAGUGAUUCAGAAUUUGAAUAUGAGGCAGAAGCUUUGAGCAGGGUGAGGCAUCCAAAUCUUGUGACGCUGAUUGGUUAUUGUUCAGAAUCUAGAUCAGUUGUAUACGAAUACCUUGACAAUGGCAACCUUGAAUAUCACCUUUUCUCCCAGGCAAGAUCUCGCCUCCUUCAUUGGCAAUAUCGGAUUAGAAUUGCUAUUGAGAUAUGUUCUGCUCUUAUCUUUCUGCAUGCCAACAGCCCUUGUCUUGUCCAUGGGAACUUGAAACCUUCUAAUAUUCUCCUUGAUGCAAAAUUUGUCAGCAAGAUAAGUGACUUGGGCAUCAUUCGUUUGAUUUCCAAGAGUGGAAAUCCAUUUAAUUGCACCACACCAAGUACUAUGGAUAACCCUGAGGCUUCUAUUUAUGUGGACCCAGAUUUUGUUAAGGAAGGAGAUCAAACUGCAAAAUCUGAUGUUUAUGCAUUUGGCAUUGUAAUCUUACAACUUUUAACUGCAAGACCAGCCUCAGGUAUAGUGAGGGAUGUUUACUGUGCUCUGGAAAGUGGAAACUUCACUACAGUCUUGGACUUCUCGGCUGGAGACUGGCCAAUUGAGCAAGCAGAAGAGUUGGCUUAUCUAGGUGUGAGGUGUUGUCAAACUAUUGGCUCAAAUAGACCUGAUCUGGUUUCUGAAGUUUGGCCUAUGCUUGAGCCAAUGAAAUACUUGUGCACAUUGCCCCCCUCAGAUUCGAAUUCAUCUUGCUUAGGUUCCAAGACUCAAAAGCGAAUCCCAUCUCAUUUUGUCUGUCCUAUUUUCCAGGAAGUGAUGGAAGAUCCAUACAUAGCAGCUGAUGGGUUUACAUAUGAAGCGGAUGCUAUCAAAGGAUGGUUGUAUAGUGGUCAUGAGACCUCGCCAAUGACAAACCUGACACUUGAUCAUUGCGAUCUAAUCCCCAACUACGCUCUCUACUAUGCCAUUCAGGAAUGGCAACAGCAGCCCUGAAACGGUAACUCGUUCCGUUCCUAAGUUUAAUACACAAUAUAACAUGUGCACAAAUAUUGGCAUUUCAUUUAUGUAUAGUUGAUGAGUUAUAAACUGCACUGCAGUUAAUGGAGUUGCAUCUGUUUAGGACAGAAUAUGAACAUAUAAUCAAAGCAUCGGAAAUGUAUAGAUUUAUUUAUUUGUUCCAAUGCCCAUUUUGAAAAUCUAUCCCCAAUUUCUGCUUU